AUGGAGUUUUUGCCUCCGUUUCAGCGCGUGGUACAGCCCGAAGAGAUGUGGCUUUAUAAAAACCCCUACGUAGAAGUGGAUCACGUACCCACAGUCCCCAUGUUUUUCAUCGCCUUUCUGUCUCCCUUAUUGCUCAUUGUCCUGGCAAGGGCGUUCAUGAACGCCGACCGAGAAGACACACGGGAAGCCUGCCUUGCUGCCAGCCUUGCUCUCACCCUGAACGGGGUUUUUACAAAUGCCUUGAAGCUCAUUGUGGGGAGGCCACGGCCGGAUUUCUUCUAUCGAUGCUUCCCAGAUGGACGAGCGAACGUGGAGCUGGUGUGCACAGGUGACCCUGGCAUAGUGACUGAGGGACGCAAAAGCUUCCCCAGCGGGCACGCUUCGUUUGCCUUCGCUGGUCUCGCCUUCUCUGCCUUCUACGUAGCUGGGAAGCUGCACUGCUUCACUCCCGGCCGGGGAGGCAGGGCUCUGCGGCUCUGUGCCUUCCUCCUCCCGCUCCUCCUUGCCAGCCUCAUCGCUGUGUCCCGCACCUGCGACUACAAGCACCACUGGCAAGAUGUGUCGGUUGGCUCAGCGAUUGGCUUCGUGCUUGCGUACCUCUGCUACAGGCAGUAUUACCCUCCUCUGACGGACUCCAUGUGCCACAAACCAUUUCUGUACAAAUGCAAACAACUGCCAGCGCAGCAAGAAAAGCCUGCAGCUUCCAGCUUUCACCUAGAUGUAUAG